AUGAGGCUCCUCUGGUGCCUUCUGCUGCUGGCUACCAGCCUGUAUCGAGCUGAAGCUGAGCAGUCUGGCUGCCCUGAAACUGAGGCAGGCCAGCGAGUGGCCGAGGUUGCAGAGCUCUCAAGGAUAGAUGGAGAGACCCCUUACCUCUUCAGGAAGCAGGACAGGACGGCCUGUCCAGGGGGGGACGACAAAAGCUGCGCUUCCCCUCUGAGCUGGUACUGGAACAAUUUCUGCUCCUUUGAGCAAAGCACGGGUGGAGGAUGGGCGGCCUACAUGAUCUGCGACGAAGCCAGGCAGCAGUCAAUCGUCAAAUACUUGAGGGAGAGGGGCGUGGCCGGCUUUGAGGGGAUCCUCAACUUUUCCCCCUGCGACCUGUGGCCCCUGAUACGGGGCAGGACGCUAUGGAUCGUGGGUGACUCGCACUCGUAUGAUCUGUUCCAUGCGCUGGCGUGCUUCCUUGUGCAGCUGUACGACCACGAUUACAGCCAGGAGUUCCCAUACGCGCGAGAGGCCGAGGCCUUUGCACAUCUGGAGCAGCAUGUGGAGCACUACAAGCCGCCAGAGUGCCUGCCUCUGCUGGAGGGCACUAUGCUCUGCCAAAUAAGAGUCAACCGGGGACAGAUGGUGCGCGAGCACACGCUGCCGCUGCUGCAGCGCAUGGCGCGGCCGACGGAUAUCGCGGUGGUCAACUUUGCGCACUGGCACAACGGCUGGGAGGGGCACGAGUACAGCGACCUGCUGCACGCGUUCAGGGACCAUGUGACGGCACAUGCCGACGAGCUGCCGCACAUCGUGUGGAAACAGAUGGUCCCCACGCACUACAAACACCUGCACGGCGCUUACAAGGGAGGGACGCCCCCCUUUGAGUGUGCCCCACUGGGGGUGCAGCUGCAGCCGGAUGGCAGCCUGGCCCCCACAGACGAGCUGAGUCAGCUGAUGCUGGAGGGCGGCGCGCACAACAAGGCUGCGAUGGAGGCCUUUGCCGGCACUGACAUAAUGAUGACUCACUCCUGGAACGCCACUGCGGAGCUGUAUGAGUACCAUCGCGAGCUGGAUGGGCGGGGGCACGAAUGCGGCCACUACUGCUUUCCUGGAGUGCCGGAGAUGUGGAUCUACUAUGUCUAUGAGGCGAUUCGCGAUGCAUCCUGGAAGAAUUUCUGA